CGAUCCAAUACAAGCGACCGGCGCGCUGGGUGCCCGGGCAUGGAGGGUAUCUCCCCCACCGUCCAGUGUGUGGCGGGGAGGGGGCACAUGGCCCCGUCUACGUGGGCAUGGCAGAGCACGACGGCCGCUACAUCCUGGGCAUGAUCGUGCCCAGCGAGGGCGUCUGCUACGUGCCCCACGACGGCGAAGCAAUUGCUAAGGAAACCUAUUACGUGCUGGGAAACCCUGGGGCAGUGACCAUGUGCUGGGUGGGAGCCAGCGGGGGCUAUGUGCCCUCAGGAGCCCUUGAAGGAGGCCGAGGGGAAGACGGCGAAACCCUGUUCAUCGGGAGGGUGAUGGUGGAUGGCGUGGUAUCCUGCGGCAAGGUGGUGCCGAGUCGCGGGGUGUGUCUGGUGCCGUACGGCGGGGCUGAACACAGUCACCGCGACUACGAGGUCCUCUGCUCCAAGAACAUCCCCGUCAAGCUCAUCUAACCGGUCACCUUAUGCGAGCCAAGGGCAAAGAGGCUAUGAAUUGUCUAAGAAUAUACCAAUAAUUGUCUUAGCCCGACA